GUCAUCGCGUUCGCCUACCCCUGGCCCCUCCACUGGUCAGAGUGCUGCGGCGUGCUUGAGCACAUGGUCAAGUUCACACCAGAGCUCCUGCAGGACCGCAUCGCGUUUUCGCUGCGCCACGACUACUGGCCCGCCGCGCGCGCGGAAUGA